AAACAUAAAUUGUUACAAAUUAUUUUUACUGGAUCGGACACGAUCCUUUGGAUUAUCCCCAAUGGAACCAAAUUUUAUUUAGAACUAACGCAUUACUUUUUUAUAUUUUGGAUACAAAAAUUAAGUGCAUUAGGGGGUCAAAGGAUGAUUAAAUGAGCUGCCUUCCGGAAGGACUAUUGGCCAUAACCAGGACUUUCAAUUAAAAAACAGAAAAUGAGUCGCAUGCUAAUUAAGCCCGCCGCUGCCACAAUGUCUGUGGCUUUGCAACAGCAGCAGCGGCAGCAGCAACAACACGUCAUUCGCCGCUGGAAAUCGUUCCUCAGCAGCAACAACAGCAACAAUGGAAAUCGCCGCGCGGCGAAAACAACGCUGGCAGCAGCGACGACGACGACGGCGACGAACAGAAGCAGCGGCAGUCAAAGCAGCAACGCCACCAUUCAACCGUUAGACGUCCAUCGCUCAUUCUCCACCAGCAACAGAAUGCCGUCGUCCGACAAGUCGCUGUCCUUGGACAACAUCAACCCCAACUUCAUUGCCAUGGAGUAUGCGGUGCGUGGUCCGCUGGUGAUUCGUGCCGGUGAAAUCGAAAAGGAACUGGAAAAGGGCGUGAAGAAGCCGUUCGACCAGGUGAUCCGUGCCAACAUCGGUGAUUGCCAUGCCAUGGGCCAAGAGCCCGUGACGUUCCUGCGACAGCUGAUGGCUCUAACUUUUGAGAAGCGUCUGCUGGACUCACCCGAGUAUCCCGAUGAUGUGAAGCAGCGUGCCUGUGCCAUCUUGGAUGGCUGCCAGGGACAAUCGGUGGGUUCCUAUACCGAUUCCGCUGGCCUCGAAGUGGUACGUCGCCAGGUGACCAAAUAUAUUGAGAAGCGCGAUGGCGGUAUUCCCUCCGAUUGGCAGAACAUCUACCUCACUGCGGGCGCCUCUCCCGGCAUCAAGACCAUUCUGGCCAUGAUCAACUCCGAGGUAUGUGGCAAGCCACCUGGCGUGAUGGUGCCCAUUCCCCAGUACCCACUGUACUCGGCCACCAUUUCGGAAUACGGCAUGACCAAGGUGGAUUACUACCUGGAGGAGGAGACCGGCUGGAGUUUGAGCAAGGCUGAGCUGCAGCGUUCCUUUGACGAGGCUAAGAAGACGUGUAAUCCCCGAGCUCUGGUCGUUAUCAAUCCGGGCAAUCCCACUGGUCAGGUGCUCACCCGCGAGAACAUCGAGGAGAUCAUUAAGUUUGCUCACGAGAACCAAGUGCUAAUUCUCGCCGAUGAGGUGUACCAGGACAAUGUGUACGACAAGGACUCCAAGUUCUGGUCCUUCAAGAAGGUGGCCUACGAAAUGGGUGAGCCGUAUCGUAGCCAGGAGCUGGUCAGCUUCCUGUCCACCUCAAAGGGCUACCUAGGAGAGUGCGGCAUUCGUGGCGGAUAUAUGGAGGUGCUCAAUCUGGAUCCCAAGGUAAAGGCCAUGCUAACCAAGUCGAUUACGGCGGCACUGUGCAGCACCACCGCUGGCCAGGUGGCGGUCAGUGCGCUGGUCAACCCACCGACACCCGGUGAACCCUCCUACGAUCUGUACAAGAAGGAGCGUGAUGGCAUUCUGGCUGCACUCAAGGAGCGAGCUGAGCUCGUCCACAAGGCACUGAACAGCUUCGAGGGAUACAGGGUAAAUCCGGUGCAGGGUGCUAUGUAUGUAUUCCAGAUUGAGAUCCCGCCCAAGGCCAUCGAGGCGGCCAAGGCCAAGGGCAUGGCACCCGAUGUUUUCUACGCAUUUGAGUUGCUCGAAACGAGCGGCAUCUGCAUUGUUCCUGGCAGCGGAUUUGGCCAGAAGCCCGGCACCUAUCAUUUCCGCAGCACAAUCCUGCCGCAAACGGACAAGCUGAAGCUGAUGAUGGAGAAGUUCCGUGUGUUCCACACCGAGUUCAUGAAGAAGUACAAGUAGACGAUGGUUCCUCGAUCCACUAACCUGUCUCGCAUCCCUCUUCCGGCCCCCGCCCUACCGUUUUAGCUUUUAAAAAUAAAACAAUAUUUUAUUCGUUGUUUUUUUUUUUUUUAAUCUGUUAUUGUCUCUUAACUGAUAAAUAUUUUGCCAUACUGUGA